CAGUGAUGCGUGAACUAAUCAAUUAAGGGAUAUCCUGGUAACACCUUGUUGUAUCGAUAAGGUGUGCAUAUGUGUAUCACUUUUACUACAAUACACAAUUUAAGGGUCUGAUACAGAUCGACGUGGAUUUAAGAUUAUUGCAUCAGUGUUGUUGUUGUUUGUUUUAACGAAAGUACACGUUUGUAUGACGCAUCAGUUUAUAUCACGUGACGGUAAAAUGGCGAUGUUGCUUGCUUACACGCAAAAUUCCGGUUUAAAGCAUGUUGUCAUUGUCGAUAAUGGUGUACUCAUCAGGAAGGAUGCUUGAAUUGUUAAAGGACAAUUGAAUUUUUACUGUUAUUCCAGUUUUUCAUAAUGGAGGAAGCGACGGGGGGUUCUCUUGAUGACGAAAAUGCAAACAGUGGUUCUGAUAGCCUCAAUUGCUCCCAGACGACCAACGAGUUGAGACAUGCCCUGUUGCGUCCACCAAAUAAGAAGAGGUUUGAUGAAGAAAAAGAGGAAAUCAUGAGGGAAAUUCAAGUAAAAGACCAAGAACUGAAAUCACUCGCAGCUGUAAGCCCAAAUGCGAAGACAGCGCGACAUAAAGAAAUAAGACUCGAAAGGGAAGCUGCAAUUGCCAAACGUAGAAAUAUUGAUACAGAGCUAGCAACCCUGAAGCAGCAAAUUACAGAGAAGAUGGGCCAGCUGUCACGCACAGAGUCAAACCUGCACAUCAAGAAUGAGCAGAAGAUUGACGACACCAUCAAGAAGCUUGAGUGGCAGCUGAGACAACAGAACUUCCGGCUCGCCGAGGAGCGCAGGAUAGUGGCCGAGGUCGACAAACUGAAACGCUCCAAGAAAUUCCUCGAAGAAUACAACUCACAGAAGAAAGAAGUGGACAAGAUGAGGGCAGCCCAGAAAAAGUUCAGAGAGGAAAAAGACGUCAUCCACCAGACAGUGUUCAGUUUGAACAAGCAGGAGGAAGAGCUUCGGAAAACAAGUCAGGACCAGAAAAUGAAAUAUGAGGAGUGUAAAAGAGAGUUGGACCGCCUGCAUGAGAAGAAGCGGCAGCUGUUGUCAGAGCAACAGAGGUGCGAGAAUGAGCUGAAGCAAUGGAGGUCACGCAAGAGAAGUGAGAGCUUCCGUAGACGGGAGGAGCUACGUCUGGCCAAGGAGGAGCAAUGGCAGAAAGAACAACUGGAAUUCGAGAAAUAUCGUCAGCCAUUUGAGGAUGAGAUAAACCUCUGUAACACACUGAUCAGUUAUGUGCAGCGCUACGUAGAGAAAGAUGACUCAGCAUAUUUAGCGAGUCCACGGGAAGAGAAUCCCCACCCACCCUUGGGAAGCAGUAGCUCAUUUGGCCCAGCAGACAGUCUAGAUGAUGGCAAGUUCGUGCUACUAAAGAAAUCAGAGGAGCCUAGCGUUGACUACGCUGUGGGGAACCGACCCCGAAGAUCCAGCAAGAAGAGCAGGAAACUCUCUGGGACCAAGCCGUUGCCCCACACACCACAGAUCCUGAAGCAGUUCUCCUCCCUGAAGCUGGAAGCCCCUGGCAACGUCUCCAAGGUGCAGAGCACGCUUGAUCAGCUGACCGAGAGAAAGAAAUACUUUGAAGAGCAGGCAGCCCUGAAGUCCCGUCAGAUGUUGGGCAACCUUAACAGCUCAUUCAGUGGGUCCAUGACAGGAACCCUGGACUCACCGAUGCGUGAGCGGGCGACCACGUGGGGGAUGUUCGAGAUGCCGCCUGCCAUAUUGGAGACCCGGACGCCCAGUGACACCGGGGAGAGUGGGAUCCACGACAUGUCCCGCCAGGCCAGCAAGACUGAGAGCUCUGAGAGCACGGCCGAGGUCUCCCAUUGUGAUCAGGUUCUGGAGGAUCUCAUAAAGCAGUCUGCUGAAUACCAGGAGAGCGAGGCAUCCCGGUCGUCAGGGGAUACCAUCACCAUGGAGAUGGAAGAGAUCCCUAGCAACCAGGCAUACAGUAGCAACCAGACAUCUGAUUAUGAUCCAAAGUCAGCAGUGAGUCAGGAUCAUUCGGAAGCUGUGUUUGCUCAGGACAAUCACUCCAUGGACCAUGACUUAGCUGAAAUUAAUUUGGGAAAGAAAACGAUCUCGCAGUCGUUUGGUGAUUUACUAAACAAGGGUGGGCACUUGUUCAGUUUGAUGAACAAAGAAAUCAGCUCCAAUAUAGAGAACUAUGACACUGACUUUCCCCCAACAUUGUGUUCAGGGACGGAAAAAGCAUUAAGUGAUAAAAGAGAUUGUGAUAAUCUAAAAACAGCAUCUGCAGGGGCCUCAUUCUUGCAGAUUUCCUCAGAAAUGGGUGACAACUCAUCGUUGACAGGUAUCUCAGGUACAUGUAAAACGCCAGUUUUAUCUCAGGGUGUGACUGGAUGUGAUAUCAAGACCAUUAGUGCCUCUUGUGUGGUCGUCAAGGACAGACCACAUGACCUGAACAUAGCAACGGGUGGGGGGAAAGCCAGGGACAAUAUAUGGCAGGGUAUGACCCAACAGGGGGUGAACUGGAAACAAAACAUGACAGAGACGAACUGUGAUGACGAGGCGGUCGUUCGUGAUUUAGAUGAGCUUGAGCUAGAAAACAAAAUCGACGAAGUCACUCAUUUGUGAUGAAUGCUUGCUCUUAGGUUGUAGUUUUUAUUUACACUGUUGAAGUUUUAUUUCACUUUUUGAGUCAUAUUUAUUUGAAAAAAAGUGAUUUAUUUCGUAAUUAAUUCAAGAAUGUUGACUAUGGUAUACUGUGUGCAUGGAUAAUUUGAUUAUCUUCAACUUUGAUGUAUGUUUUAAUGCAUUUCUUGUUUUGAAUGCCUAACACCUAUGAAAGAUUUGUUCUUUAUCUAAUCCUUUUUAAUUUUUAUUUUAUAAUUUUUAGAAUAAUUUGUUUGUGCAUUGAAAAAACAUUCUUUCGUUGAAUUGUUUUCAAUUGUGGCAAGCUUGCGGCUUAGUACAAAGAGGAUUUUUAAAUAAAAUUAUUUUUUAUUUAUUAUUUUGAUUCUUUAAUGAUAUUCAAUAUUUAUGUAUUUAUUUAAAGGUACACAGCAUCUAUACAGAAUGUUGUAUUAGUAUUAAGUUUUUAUAUAAUGCUAUUAUUUUAUUUAAAAAGUAUUUCAUCAGUUGAAAGAUUAUAUGUGUCGCGAUCUAAGAAAACUGGGCAUAAUGCAUGUGCAUAGUGUUGUUCCAGAUUAGCCUGUGCAGUCCUAACAGGCUAAUCAGGGAUGACACUUUCCGCCUUAACUGGAUUUUCGUGUAGAAGAGACUUCCUUUAAACAAAAAAUUCCAUAAAAGCGGAAAGUGUCGUCCCUGAUUAGCCUGUGCGGACUGCACAGGCUAAUCUGGGACAAUACUUUACGCACAUGUAUUAAGCCCAGUUUUCUCAGAACGGGACUCAUAUACAUGAACCAGAAUAUAUUGUGUGCUUAAGUAAUCUCCAUAUGCUUUUGUUAUACAUUUUAUGAAACUAAAAAAAAAUAUAUAUAUAUAUAUAUAUAUGGAGA